AUGGCGCCUCUUCUGACCCUUCUCCUUUACCAUAAGGUCUCCGCUCAGAGGCUUUAUCUAGACAACAGACCCGGAAUGCCAAUAUUGUCAAGUUCCCCUCUCAUCCCACGAGACCACGAACAAAUCGGUCUCAGCGCAGUACUCUCACGGGAGAUCUUAACAGAUUUGAAACCAUAUCCGAAUCUAAAGGACUGUGUCUACGUCCGUCACUGGCACGAUAAAAAAAAUUCCCAGUGGUGCGUUUUGCUCCAAGACGUUAUUGUUCAGCGUGUCAUUGAAAGAUCAGAACAUCCGGUUCCAGACAGUCUCUUCGUGGAUUCCGCUGAGAACUCCACAACUGCAUCCGACUAA